UUUUGACUUCAGUCCAUGUCAGCUGGGCUAAGCGGGAGCUCCUGACCUGCCACAGAUAAGCAGCUAUUCCUUGCUGACGCCUUUGGGGCUUUUUAUCUCUCGGAGUUUUUAUUCUCCUUGCCCCAUUUGCAUUGGUUUGAGGUUACUGGCACAUUCUUAUAGAAGAAAAGUAUUAAUGCACUUGUGCUUAAUGUACUGCCUGGUGCACAAUGUCUUCUAAAUACCGGAAUUUCCGAAACAGUGUGCCCUGGCUAAUCCUUUUUUGGGAAGUUGUUUUUAUCAUCCUCUUCUACUUUCUCUUCUCAGGUGUUGGUUUAAUCACACCAGACUUCUUCGACCCCGCCUUUCAAGAUGUCAGCCACAUGGUGGUUUUUGGACUCGGCUUUUUCCUGUCAUUCCUGAAAAGAUACCAACUUAGUGGCAUUGGAUUCAAUCUCCUGAUCGUUGCAUUUGGUGUCCAAUGGUCUGUGCUGAUAGAAGGUUUUAUUCUCUUGUACCACAAUGAAAUGGAGGAUAAUCUGAGAAGCAUAAUAAAAGCUGCUAUGAGUGUGACUGCUGUAGUCAUCUCCUUUGCAGCUAUUCUCGGGAAGGCUAAUCCUGUCCAACUGGUUGUGAUGACAAUUGUGGAGAUAGCAGCUUUCCAUCUGAGCAGAUGGAUCAAUAAGACGUACCUGAAGAUUACAGACUUCGCCAGUAUGAUGCAUGUUCACCUGUUUGGAGCCUACUUCGGCCUGGCGGUCUCCUGCUCCUUCCCGGUGCUCCGGCCGGGCUUUGAGAAGAACGCGAGUACCCCCCGAUCGCGCUUGCUCUCCGUGCUGGGUACUCUCUUUCUGUGGGUAUUCUGGCCAAGCUUCAAUUCUGUAUUAGUUGUGGAGAGGAAGAACGAUAUAAUCUACAGCACCUACUUUGCACUUGCAGUGAGUGCUGUAACUGCCUUCGCAUUGUCUGUUCUGACCACGAAAGAUGGAAAAGUCAGUAUGGCACAUAUCCACCACGCAACGCUAGCUGGUGGGGUUACUGUUGGCUGUGCAGCAGACAGCAUUCGGUAUCCCUGGAUUGCAAUGAUCUUGGGUCUGCUUGCCAGUGUGAUCGCCAUAGUAGGAUCUCACUUUUUACAGAGAAGUCUGCCUCCUGCUAUCAAGAUUCAUGAUGUUUCUGGCGUUCAGUUCACUUUUGGCUUGCCUGCUGUGCUUGGAGCUCUUGCCUGUACCAUCCUUCGUAUAAUAGAAAAAUGGCUUUAUUUACCAAGCGAUAGAUAUUUUAUCAUGAUAGAAAUCGGUACCUUCUGCCUGCCCAUCAGCGUGGCCCUGAUUUCAGGUUUUAUUACAGGUCGUAUUUUAAAUCUCAGUUUGUUGAAGACUGUCCAUGAAUCAAAGUACUGUGAUGACCAGUCGUACUGGGAGUUUCCCCAUUCGGCUGUUGGAUUUUGA